UGCGUGAAAUAAUCGAAAAAGUGCGUUGUCUGCGGUGCAAUAGUGCAGAUUUGAUUGCACAUCGGCAGGCAACCGUCCGGGCGAAUCGAAUCGAACAAAACGAAGGUGCACCGUGCGCCACGGGAAACGGUACGAAUCGUGCGAAAUUGUUGGUGCCCGUGUGUGCAGUGUGAAAAGCAGUGAAAAAAGAGAAAAGCAACCCCCACUCGGUUGCGCAUAAUUGCGUCUGGAAAAAUGGUUCCACUAUCGUCGCAUACAGUGUACUGCACUGCUACCCGUUGGUCAAUUUUUUGAGCCAAAUUCCGUAAUAGGAAUCGUCGGGUUUCCUUGCGGAAGUGAAGAAAAUUUUGUCACAAAGCAGCAGUUGCUAGUGGUGGGCAACUGGGCGGAACGAACAUCGCUCUGCACACACCCUGGGGGUUGAUGUGCGUGCUCGUGCGUAGUGUGUUCCUUUCGCAUAAAGGUGUAGUAGCCACGCGCGGUACUGGGUGUUGACGAGGAGCGGAAAGGGAACAGAGUGUGUGAGAGAAAGAGGGCAGCCAACUUCCGCUCGCCGCCGGGGUGUGAAUAAAAGUUACAAAGAUAGAUACCGUGUGGGGUUGGGCCUCUGCCCCGCUGCGUCUAGCGGCCAACAGAAUGGGUGACGUACUAAUAUCGGAUCGCCCACCGUCACCGGCGAGCAGACUAUCACACACCUCGGAAAAGCAUCCCCGAGUGACACUGCAGGAGCUGAACGUGUUGCGCCGUCACCGGGAGCUCUGUGACGUGGUAAUCAAUGUGAAGGGACGCAAAAUAUUCGCGCACCGGGUCAUCCUGUCCGCCUGCAGUCCGUACUUUCGUGCGAUGUUUACCGGCGAGUUGGAAGAGUCGCGCCAGACUGAGGUUACCAUCUGUGACAUCGACGAAAACGCGAUGGAACUGUUGAUUGACUUUUGCUACACGUCCCACAUCGUGGUGGAGGAAUCGAACGUGCAACCGUUGCUACCGGCCGCCUGUUUGCUGCAGCUGGCCGAAAUACAGGACAUCUGUUGCGAGUUUCUGAAGCGCCAGCUUGAUCCGGAGAACUGUCUCGGCAUACGGGCGUUCGCGGACACGCACUCCUGCCGCGAGCUGUUGCGAAUUGCAGACAAAUUCACCCAGCACAACUUCCAGGAGGUGAUGGAGAGUGAGGAAUUUCUGUUGCUUCCCGUUGGCCAGCUGGUGGACAUAAUAUGCAGCGACGAGCUGAACGUACGAUCGGAAGAGCAGGUUUUCAAUGCCGUUAUGGCGUGGCUCAAAUAUAACGUUGCCGAUCGGAGACAACAUCUGGCACAGGUACUGCAGCACGUACGGAUGCCACUGCUCAGCCCAAAGUUUCUGGUCGGCACGGUUGGUUCGGAUUUGCUGGUACGAUCCGACGAAGCCUGCCGGGAUUUGGUGGAUGAGGCGAAGAACUAUCUGUUGCUGCCGCAGGAACGUCCGCUAAUGCAAGGACCCCGUACGCGUCCCCGGAAGCCAACUCGCCGCGGUGAGGUACUGUUUGCGGUUGGUGGUUGGUGUUCGGGUGAUGCAAUUGCCUCGGUGGAAAGAUUCGAUCCAGAAACGGCCGACUGGAAAAUGGUGGCGCCGAUGAGUAAGCGACGGUGCGGUGUUGGUGUGGCGGUGUUAAACGAUCUGCUGUAUGCGGUCGGUGGACACGAUGGUCAAAGCUACCUGAACAGCAUCGAACGGUACGAUCCACAGACGAACCAGUGGUCGUGUGAUGUGGCACCAACCACCAGCUGCCGCACGAGUGUUGGUGUGGCCGUGCUGGACGGCUUUCUGUACGCUGUUGGCGGUCAAGACGGUGUGCAGUGCUUGAAUCAUGUCGAACGAUACGAUCCGAAGGAAAACAAAUGGGCGAAGGUGGCCCCGAUGACAACGCGAAGGCUCGGUGUUGCUGUGGCCGUGCUCGGUGGCUAUCUGUAUGCGAUCGGCGGUUCCGAUGGGCAGUGUCCACUGAACACGGUCGAGCGGUACGAUCCGCGACAGAACAAAUGGUGCGCCGUCAGUCCGAUGUCGACACGAAGGAAACAUCUAGGUUGUGCUGUGUUUAACAACUUUAUUUACGCCGUGGGAGGACGCGACGACUGCAUGGAGCUGUCGUCGGCGGAACGAUACAAUCCACACUCCAACUCCUGGAGUCCGAUCGUCGCGAUGACGUCCAGACGCAGUGGGGUUGGACUAGCGGUAGUAAAUGGUCAAUUGUAUGCUGUUGGUGGCUUUGACGGCACUGCCUAUCUGAAGACGAUCGAGGUGUACGAUCCCGAAACGAACCAAUGGCGCCUGUGUGGUUGUAUGAACUAUCGCCGGCUAGGCGGUGGUGUUGGUGUGAUGCGUGCUCCACAGACCGAGAACUACAUGUGGAUUCGCAAAGAUUCCGUUGUUUAACAUUCACACAAAACACAUUCGGGCAGCUUCUGUUCUUCGCUUUCGAACGGCAUAAGGCGGGAUUAUUUGGUGCGGCAAUUCGAUGGUGUGUCGUGGAACAGAAGGGGUCCGUAAAAGUAAAACGCCGAACGAAUCAUGUAGCGUGGUAACAUAGCAAUCACCUUAGUUUUGCACCGGCAAAGGAUAGCGAAAGCAAAAUAGCUGCAUGGCCUUUCCUAUGUGGCGCACAUGUGGCAAGCGCGGCUUACUGCCAGAGGUGUAAAUUCGUACGGUUAUGAAUCAAAAGUUCAAUUAAGAUCCUUGAUUUCAACACUCACACACAUACACUGCCAGGUGGUAUAUCAGCAUGCGGGACGAUUUCAAAAUACAAACAAAGAGAGCCGAAAAAGGAAAGAGAACAUAAGACCAGAUAGUAGAUAGAGAACGCGUAGGGAACAGAGUGCAUCAAUGCUUAAGGGCUAAAUAGAAAUUAAAAGUGUACCCAUUCACCCAUACACACGCACCCAUUGAAAAGCAUUAGUGUUUAAGAAUAAGUUCCCAGUAUAAUUUAAACAAAAA